UCCUGCCCGAAUUUGCCCAAACUUAAUUUGCUGCCAGUCGGAUGAAUGAAGUCCUUUUACGCUGUCUCUCUUUUUCCAUUAUUAUCAUAUUUUCAACGUCUAAUGCCUCGACGAAGCUACAAUGACGGAAGUGUCGUCGCCACUUUCACUGAGGACAACAGAUCAACACAAAAAGCAAAAUACAUGUCACCACGAUCGACGCGAUUAGCUUCGCAUGACAAAACUCGAGUAGCUUAUUUUCACGAUGAAGGUGUUGGCAACUAUCAUUAUGGCGAACGACAUCCAAUGAAACCUCACCGAUUAACGCUCACAAAUCAUCUCGUGCUCAAUUACGGUUUACAUAAGAAAAUGGAGAUUUUUCAGCCUAGACGAGCGACGGAUUCAGAGAUUCUAGAAUUCCACGCAGAGGACUAUGUUGACUUUUUAAAACGGGUCACACCAGACAACGCUGAAGAAUUCGAACAAGUAUUUUCCAGAUUCAACGUAGGCGACGAUUGUCCUGUGUUUCCCGGCAUUUACGAAUUCUGUCAACGAUACGCAGGCGCAACCAUUGAAGCAUCGCGAAAACUGAUUGCAAACGGUGCCGACAUUUGUAUCAAUUGGUCAGGCGGUCUACAUCACGCGAAAAAAUGCGAAGCGAGCGGAUUUUGCUACGUAAACGAUAUUGUGCUCGGCAUCCUUGACUUAUUACGCCAUUUCCCUCGCGUCCUCUACAUUGACAUUGAUAUUCAUCAUGGUGACGGUGUGCAGGAAGCAUUUUAUUCGACUGAUCGUGUCAUGACUGUCAGUUUCCAUAAAUACAACGGCGACUUCUUUCCUGGAACAGGACAUAUUGACGAGAUUGGAUCGAACCUGGGAAAAUAUUACUCUCUCAAUGUACCGUUGCGCGACGGUAUUGACGAUGUGGCCUAUAUCUGGCUAUUUAAAGAAGUGAUUGACUCAGUAAUUGGCACAUUCCAACCAUCAGCGAUCGUAUUACAAUGCGGCGCAGACUCUCUUGGAUGUGAUCGUCUCGGCUGUUUCAAUCUAAGUAUUGAAGCACAUGGCAAAUGCGUACAGAUCGUUAAAGGAUUCAAAAUUCCACUACUGGUUGUCGGCGGUGGUGGGUACACGGUUCGAAACGUCGCGCGAUGCUGGACAUACGAGACGUCAAUUCUGGUGGAUACACAAUUAUCAAACGAUUUACCACCAAAUGAAUACAUUGAUUUCUUCAAGCCGGAUUAUCAGCUCCACCCACAUUUGUCAGGUCGUGUAGAGAAUCAGAACGAUCGUCAGUAUUUGAUGAAGGUGCGUGAACGUGUUAUGGAACAAUUGCGGUAUUUGGACGCGGCACCAAGUAUACAGAUGCAAGAAGUCCCACCGGAUAUCCAAGGUUUCUUGGAUGGUGAUGCAGAGCUACGAGACGCAGAAGACGACUCUGAGAUUGGCAAGGAGCAGCGUCGCCGAAGGGAAGUGAUGGCAGAAGCAGAAUGGUAUGAAGGCGAUGACGAUAACGAAGGCGAGGCCGUGGAUUCUGUUUGGGCUAAAGACUUGUAAAUGUAACUAAUUAUACUAUAUACAUAUAUCACCUCAUAACUUAUAUUUUCACUUUAAAAUAUUGUACAUGUUGCGCUUUUAUUUUUAUUUUUCUUCAUUUCGUUGUUUAAACGACACAUAUACAAAAAAAUAAUCG